CCCGCCAUUGGAGACAGAGACGCGGCCUCCUCGUCCAGCGGCUCCCUCCUCCUCCUCCUCCUGACGCGGCUUCGCGUCGCCAAACCUCCAAAUCUCCGCCGCGCGAGAAAAUAAAACAACUAAGAAACUUCGCCCCACUCCGCCCACACCUCACACCGCCAUGUCGAGCAGCAUGAUGAACAUCUCCAGCAUGCGGCGUCUCGUCGAGCAGCUCCGGGUGGAGGCGAACCUCGAGAGAAUAAAGGUGUCGCAGGCGUCCGCGGAGCUGCAGCAGUUCUGCGUGGAGCACGCCUGCAAGGACGCGCUGCUCAUCGGCGUCCCUGGCGGCACGAAUCCGUUCCGCGAUCCCCGCUCCUGCUCGCUGCUGUAGCCCAGCGGACGCCCCUCCCCCGUCUCCUCCCCCCCCCCCCCCCCCCCGAGUCCUUUGCUCAGGACUCCGCUAUCGGUCUCUCCCCUCCCUCGUCUCAAAAGAAAACACGGACCGAGCUUCCGAGUGCGAAAUCCAACAUUCGUGCUCGCAGUCGUUUUUCCUUUUUUUUGUAUAAUUCGGGCCGAGUUUUGACAGCGACGCGUGCCCGAGUCGCAAUGAUAUUUUCUGGUGUUAAUUGACGGCCGAACUGGUGGUGGGGGGGGGGGUCUCUAUGGGGUACGGGCGGAGUGACGUGCGGGAGUAAUUUCUCCAAGCGCUCGCUCGCUCGCUCACGCGGCGAUGUCACGUCUUCUUGUUUUGUGCCCCCCUUGCCGUGGAGUGCACGCCCGCCCGUCGCGUGUUUGCCUGAAAACAAGUGUGUCACUCUCCGGCGCAGGUCUUCUCAAACGAUCUUUAACCGAAUGCAUUCUUUCAAAUUGAAUAACAGCUUCGAUAUACAAGUUUUAUCGUGGCCUUGUGCGGGUGCUAAUUAGAGCGUUGUGCCUGAUUAUCGGCUUCAUCGGGUGGAUCGGUAGCCAAGUGGUGGGAACAGCACUUGGCCAACGAUCCAUCUGGUAACUCCUCCAGGCAGUUAGAACAAGCCCCUGUCCGUGAAGAACCCCGCAAUGGCGUCUUGCACAAUGCUAAGCCAUCGUGCGCCAGUGUCGCUGACCCACCGCCAUUUCCCGCCAUCACCACUGUUGACUUCCUUCAGAGUGCUUUUCGUUUUUAUCAACGCCAAAGGGAAUGAUCGGCAGCAUUUUUCUACCCUGCGGGAACCUUCAAACCACAUCCCCCUUCCCACUGUGAAUUGAGCAUUUUGACCACACCACCGUCAAGCCAAAUGUUUGGAAAUUAUCCCUGACUAAAUUGAAAAUGACGUCUCCAUUUUUUUAUCUUUAAUAGUUGCCUUGAAAAAGAGGUUUCGUCAGCGCCAGUGGUGUCUUAGUUGUGGUUAAAUUAAGGACAAUUUCUAAGCAAAUAAUUUAUUGUGGAAAUCUCGCUCCGAUUCCCAGCUAUCAUAACUUGGUUAAAUAAUCAAAAGCCUGUCAUACUAAACACACUUGUUUUCACGCUUAUUUUAUACACGUAUAUAUAUUCACGCAAAUAUACACACACACACACAGGCGCACUUACAUUCCAUCUGGGAUGUUGCCCAGAGCAGUAGCGUAUAAAUGUAGCAAUGAAUCUGUGCAACAUUCAGAUUUAGAUCGGUGUGAAUCGAGAUGAUAUGUAGUGUGCAUAACCAGUUUACGUCUUACCAGUCUGCCUUCCGUAGACUUUCUAUAACCCUGCCCUUGAUGGCUCCUGCGAUGGUUUUUCAACGCUUGGAAGUGACAAGGCCCUCUCGUUGUCAUCCAAGGCGCAGCUCGGACGGCGUAGAGCAUCUUAUACUGUCGAUGAUCGCGUACAGUUUUUCAUCCCCAGUGACUCGUGGACCGUGUUAUGGGUGGUCGUUUUGCCUGUGUCGAGACCCCAAUAGAUACAAAACAAAAUAGACAUUCCACGUAUUUGUGUUGAACGUGGGAUGCCUGCGAAGCCUCUCCCUGCGGCCCCAUGGAAGGCGUCUAAACGUGAAUCUAAGCCUCGCGUUGAUUGAUCAAUCGCUCAUCCGACAGCCGUGAGGGCCUUGCGAGAGAUUUGCGAUCGUCGGCUCGACCCCUUACGCCCACGUCCUUCUUCACGGUCACCUGGGACCAACUUUGUGCCAAAUGUAGCCUCCCCCCCCCUCGCCCCCCCGUGCAACUGCACUUAGGCCUUGUUUCCCACAGCACGUUGAGUCGUGUACCGUACCAGAGCUGUACAACAGUUAGAGGGCAAGCUCUUGUUGAAAUAAUACUAGUACUCCUGCUGCUGUGUGCCAUGCCCCCUCUUGUACCCUGGACACCGUCGCGAUGUCAGGGGCUUCAGCACUGCAGCGCGAGUAGCGAUGUAACGCUUCACCUACAGAAUCGAUGAAACAUUGAGAUUCGCGGUCACAGUUUGGUUCGUUAGACAACGUGUGUCCGUGCAGUGCAUGUUUCAAUGGAUGCGCGCGGUAUGCACGGACGUGCAGCAUUUUCCACGAAACCAAUUACAUACAACGUGUACGCGAAUGAAUAAUGAUAGAUGCUUUCAUGCACAAUUUAGAGCACGCACUACGAUUGUAGGAAUCAACUUUGACAGGCGGAUCGUUACAUUCCUCGGCGAUGUGCUCAUGUCCGCGAUGUCACGUUCCUGCACUCCCCAUCAUCGUCUACAACCCUGCCCAGUGAAGGUCCAUGCCGUCCUGGGCUUGGAUUCUGGGCCGUGGGGGUGUAGGAGGACGGGGUGAGUGGGUGGGAGGGUGGAGAGCGAGGGGAGCAGUGGAACAAUGCGCGUGGAUUGUCGUAGUAGCCGACUUGGCCCCGCUCGGCUCCGUUCUGGACCUGUACCGUUUGGCCAGUGCCGGACUAAGCUAGUGCAGGGACUGUGGCAUAUGCUAUAAAGGGGUCCUAAAUUUAAGAAAAAUACCCAUUAAAACAGGUUUUUAUAGAGCAAGUGCAGAAUCGCUGAACCCGAAUUGAUAGCUUGAAAGCAUUUGGCGCGUAGCCCUUGAAAGUGCAUGGCCUGUAGCAUAUGUAGCUACUUUUGCUCCUAGGAUAAUCCGGCACUGCGUUUGACCCUGAUACAGCUGGUUGUGGAAACAUGGGCCCUAAUUCCUGGCGGUGCCUGAUAGUAUUGGAUUGUACCACACAGUACUCUGCAUUGCCCAACAGUAUGAUAUGGUAUCACAUAGUACUAGAUGGUGGUUCACCAUCUUAGAUGGUACAUAUAGUACCAGUGGACUGGUACCACGUUGUACUGAGUGGUACCUGAUAAUACUGAAUUGGGUUUAUCACGUAGUCCCGCAUCAUGAUCGAAUAGUAUUGGAUGGAACUGCGUAAUAUCAAGCAGUGUUUGUGUUAGAUUAUGCCGCUGGGUGUUAGAUUGUGGUGAUUGUAUUGAAUAAUUGGUGCCACUGUACCACAUAGUGCCGGAUGGUGCCUAACAGUAUUAGAUGGUAUCGCGUACUGCAGCACUUGCAUGGAACCGCAGGGAAUGUAACGAUUCUCCCCGUCCCCGAUUCAAUGAAUUGUCACGCACGUUUUGAUGCAUGCAUCCUGAGCAUAAGAACUAAGCCCUCGAUGAAUCGUUACAUCCCCUGGUGGUUACCACACGGUGCGGACAUCGUAUAUUGGUUGGUAUCUUAUCCUGUAAGAACGACACGAUGCCUGAUAGUAUUGAAUGGUAACCGCACGGUACCAGACGGUGCCUCACGGUAUGGAGGAGUACCACCACGUCGUACCACAAUGGUGCCUGUUGGGGAAAAAAAUUGAGCGUUUACGCGACAUUGCACCCAUUCGUCGGCUCUUCGGAGCGACGAGUGGCGGCGGUUGAUGCCAACAACGGCCGUUGCAGUUGUAGAGAUCCCAUUGGGUUGUGGAUGUGUGCCGGGUGGGACUCGAUGAGGGUGUAGGAUUGUUGUCUUGAACCUCGGCGGCGUGUGCCGUCCACCUGCCUCGCAGGGAGAUCAUUCCCAGUUCAUCUUCUACCUCCCCCCCCCAUUUAUCUAAUUUUUGGUUGUGCCUUCUUUGUUUAAAAUACUAAUAAUUGCAUCUUACCUUAAUUGCUAUUUUAUAGCCCAAGUGUGAUAUGUUAAUUAUAUUAAUAAGGGUGGCUGCAGGUUUGGUUUGGUUACAUAGAGGAGUUUAUUUAAUUUUUGCGAGUGCUUUGCUAAAAUCACAUUUUUGUAACAUGCGCAGCUCGGUGUGAAUGCACGACGUUUUUAGCAUUUGUCUUAACGAUGCAAAAUAGUUUUAUUUUUUAAUUGCAUACGUCUUCACAUUUCUUCAAGUACCACCGCUUUACGAUUCUUAACCCCGUACGGCACCGGCCCGGGCUCGAUAACGCAGCACUGGGACAUCGCGACCGGCUCCUUCCCACCGUCCGCACACUGCGUGCCACCACGCAGCGCUCCGUAGCUCGUUGGGCCGCGACGCGGCGAUCCGCACGGUGCCACGCGCCCGCUCCGUGCCACGCGCUCCCUCCGUGCCGCCACGACGCGAAGCCGCCUCGACACCCUACUGAGCCCGAGCGGGGAGCGAGCCCCCGACGCCGCGUGGAGCAGCUGCGUUUCCCGCGACGCGUCUUUCCCUUUUCCGGUUUUCUCGACGCACAGGAACCGCAUUGUCUUCAGGCGGUUACUGUCCGAGUUGGUGGGGGGGGUUCACCACACUCCACAGACGGAUUGAUCUGGCGCGCCCCCCCAGGGCUUCGACGUUUGUAACGCGGCGGAUCGAUGGGAUGGGCCCCGUGCGCUGCACCGGCGAUGGCAUCAUUGACGCCUGUGCAGGUUGCGCACGGCCGCGUGCUCAGGUGAUAAAAACAUUAUUCCUUCGCCCGAGAAAGCUCCUCUGCAUCACAGUAGUUGUUUUCGGCAGGGUCCUGCCGCUGCAUCCGUUGCCAAAUUUGACGCCUUGCAUUCUUGAGUAUCGCAUGAAUCGAUCCAUGUGUGGUCUCGUCACAAACGCUUCCGUGACUUAAUACGUGACUGGCACGCUCGUGUGCCCGCUAUGUUUGGUAGAUCUGCAUAUUCAACCAUCUGCAUUUGGUAAAUCUGCAUAUUCAACCAUCUGCGUUUGGUAAAUUUACUCUGGUGCUGGGCUAUAAUUGCCCACUGGAAAAUUAGCUGUUUGUAGCUCGGAAUCUAAAGCUUGUACACAGUGGUAAAUCGUUUUCCUAAACCUUUUUGUUAUCCGUGGCAGUCGUGCUGGGACACAGACAAGUCACGUGCUGGGACACAGACAAGUCACGUUCUGCUGUUCUGGUCUAUGCCAAGCCUCAUUGCUCGGCUGUUGGGUUGUUCUCACUUGCAAGGUGACUAGCGCUGUGUUUCCAAGUUGGUUUCUCGCUAAAUAUAAGUGGUUAAUUUGAGUAAGAAGAAAUGCAAGGUUGUUAUGGAUAGACAUUUUUUCCAUACCUGUGUAAAAAUUGUAUCCUACUCAAGACCAAGAAAAAUCUACGUUUUUGUCUUCAAAGUAAUUAUUAACUUAUAUAAAACCGAACGAGGAAUCUUUUAUUUUUUAAUUGAUUCACAAACGUGGAAUCAUUUCUCCUACUUGGAAUUGGAAACUCGGCGAAACUAUUGAAAUUGCAUCGUUAAGACGAAACCAUCGCAUCACGUGCGCUGCGCUUGCCAAGUCCGCUGGGAUGUGAUGGCAUUUGGGCGUAGAAAGUCAAAUUUAUAAUGCAGCGGUCGUUUGAAUUGCUUACAGGAUAAUACGAAUAAUGAGGCACCUCCGCUGAAUUUUAAUACAGAAUCCUUGCCCCUUUUUACUAACCGUCGACUGGCGGCUUUACAUUAAGUAGUUCCUCCAUCCUUGAGUCGCGGGAUUUGUUAACGGUGUGCUAACUUAAAACUGAAACCUCAUCGGGUCAUUUUGUAUCUACUGUAUUAGAAUUCCCGCGUGUACCGUGUACCCAUUUCGUGCGGAGCCAGGGUAGGGCGAACGUGAGUCCUAGUAAAUCGGAAUGUACUUCGCAUCUCGUUGAAAUUCGAGCAAUCCCAAUUCCAGUAUUUUGUGUAUUUUUCUUUGGCGCAUUUUUGUGUAAAGGAAAGAACACGCAUGGUUAAGUGCACAUUCGUUCGAGCAGCUCCAUGAAACUAUGGCUUAGCUAUCCUGUUCGGGAGGUUUUUUUGAGAAUCGUGAAUGUGUGUGCGUGUUUGCUACUAGUACCCGUAUUAUUAAUAUGUCGUGAGAUAAUAAAUACAAAACUAAACGA